AUGGCCUUCUUCAGGAUGUGCUGUGGGGACUUGGCUCCGCCGUCCCCUAGACACGCACACGCCAGAACAACUCCGACUCCUUUAACGGCUGAUCCGUUCUGGAGCCCGAAGUGGUGCCUGUGCUCUGAUCCUGUGGAUGAGGUGCAACACCAAGACAUCUCCAAACCCGAUGUUUGCACAGACCCUGAGGGUAAAGGUACACCACGCAGAAUGGUGACGGCAGGAGACUAUCGAACCGAACAGUCGUAUCACACUGUCAACACUUCAAGGAGCAAGCCCAAGGUGAACACAUGUCAGUCCAGACGAAGCUCAGAGUCGCUAAACGUUUUGGCCAUCUUUGAGCAUGCUGGAGAGUGGUGGUUACCCCAUGAAAGUGCCUCUGUGGAAGACUGUGACCUGCUGCAGGAGUCGUGGCUUGGAAGACUCCCCAGGAAAAGCUACCGGAACAUGAGCACGACGGCCUUGCUGAAGACUGGGAUGAGCGGCUGGGUAAGACGCAGAGUCUCCGGAAGCCGACAUCGCUUUAUGGAAAACGGCUUCGACUUGGACCUGGCCUACGUCACGUCCCGUUUGAUUGCCAUGGGCUUCCCGGGCCGAGGCUCUGGAGCAUGUUUUCGGAAUCCGCACAGCGAGGUGAAGCGCUUUCUCGAAGGUGCCCACAGCGGCCACUUCCGUAUUUACAACCUCUGUGCCGAAAGACACUUUCGGGACAAUGGUUUCCCCAGAGAGACGAAGGCUUUUCCCUCCGCUGAUCACUGCCCACCCGAUUUCGCCGACAUGUUGGAUUUCUGCAGAGAUGUGGAGUCCUGGCUGCAGGCAGACGAGCAGAAUGUAGCGGUUAUCCACUGCAAGGCUGGCAAGGGACGCAGCGGCACCAUGAUCUGCGCACUGUUGUUGUAUUCAGGGGCUGUGACAGCUGCUCGGGAUGCCUUGCGCUGGUUUGGUCGCAUACGAGGCGGCACGCGGGUUGGUGUGACAAUACCUUCGCAGAUUCGAUGGAUUGCCAUGUUCGAGAUCUGGCUUCAGGGCUCCGUUCAACUCACGAGCACACCAGUGAACGCGGAAGCACUCAAGUAUCGACUGAAAGCGCUGCGCAUCGGACCUCUGCGAUCGGCAAUGUUCAGUAGUGGUGGCUGCUUUCUGCAAAUUGGCCUUGGGAGCCGCAAAGCUCUGGAGGGUUUUAAGUGGGUACAUUGGCACCCGACCUUUCGGGCAGAGUUGUCCCCGAAUGGAGUUUGUGAGUGUCAGCUGGCAGAGAGCCUAUGGUGGACUGAAGCGGACGGCCUCGUGUGCGUUCGAUUGAAGACAUCGAAGUCGUGCUUCGCCGUCACUUCCCGUUCGCACAGCAUUCGGGCCUGGUGGCAUCACUCCUUCUUGCAGCGGAAGAUCAAUCAGGGUGCAGAGGAGCUUGUGCUGGACCUGCCCAAGACGUGCAUCGAUGGCUUACAGCGAGAUGCUGUCGAUCAUGUCGUCGCACCAGCUGAGUUUCGGCUGACCUUAAAUUUUGAAACGGAGGAUUGA